AGUAUAUGUUGAAGUAUUUGCAUAUGGAGGAAAGUGAAGUGCCUCAAAUGUGCUUGGACUUGUACAUGGAACAUGGGACAACCAUGGCUGGACUUAAGGCUCUUGGUUAUGAAUUUGACAACGAGGAGUUUCAUGGGUAUGUGCAUGGUGCCUUACCUUACGACUCAUUGAAGCCUGAUCCUGUUUUGAGGAACCUCCUUCUUUCCUUGCCACAACGCAAAAUUAUCUUCACUAAUGCUGAGAAAGGCCAUGCAGCUCAAGUUCUUGAAAGGUUGGAUUUGGAAGAUUGUUUUGAAGGUGUCAUAUGCUUCGAAAUUCUUAAUAACAACAACAACAACCCGUCGUUAGAAAGCAAAUUUAAUGGCGGCAAUGACAUUAUCAUUUGCAAGCCAUCCAUUGAAGCCAUUCAAGCUGCUGUCAAAAUUGCUGAUACUCAACCCAACAAAACGAUCUUUUUCGAUGACAGUGUUCGAAAUAUGGAGAAUGGAAAAGCAGCAGGCCUUCAUACAGUUAUAGUUGGAAGCUGAGAGUUGGUCCCCGGAGCUGACCAUGCCUUAGGUAGCAUUCACAAUAUAAAAGAGGCAUUGCCAGAGUUAUGGGAAGACGAAGAUGAGAACGACCAGCCAGAGCAAGCUAUGCAGGCCCCUGUAGUUGAAACUAUGGUCCUUGUAUAGGUCAUAUAUAUAUAUAAAGUUGUAAGUAAAGAAUAUAUGAUAAAUAUUAUAGCUAUCGGCAUAACACAAAAUAAGUCAAAUUAGCUGAAUAUGAAAUUAUUUAGAUAAAACCAGAUUUGUGUACGUUCUACAAGUUUUCAUUAGUCCUAGCGAUACUA